GCCGCCAUUUUGUCCAGCGAGGAGAAGCAGAGCGGGAGCGUGUUUGGGAUCGAGUCGGCUGCGGCGUAGCGCGUGCUCGCUUCUCGCACCCACUCGCCCACCCCCGGAAUCGUGAUGCAUCGUGACUCCUGUCCGCUGGACUGCAAGGUUUAUGUAGGUAACCUUGGCAACAAUGGCAACAAAACUGAAUUGGAACGAGCUUUUGGCUACUAUGGACCACUGCGCAGUGUGUGGGUUGCUAGAAAUCCUCCUGGCUUUGCUUUUGUUGAAUUUGAAGAUCCCCGAGAUGCAGCUGAUGCAGUGAGAGAAUUAGAUGGAAGAACACUCUGCGGGUGCCGUGUCAGGGUGGAGCUGUCUAAUGGUGAAAAACGGAGUCGUAAUCGUGGUCCGCCUCCCUCAUGGGGUAGGCGUCCUCGAGAUGAUUAUCGCAGAAGAAGUCCUCCGCCUCGCCGCAGAUCACCACGAAGGAGAAGCUUUUCUCGUAGCCGCAGCAGGUCCCUCUCUAGAGACAGAAGGAGAGAGAGAUCACUUUCACGGGAGAGAAAUCACAAGCCUUCCCGUUCCUUUUCCAGGUCUCGUAGUCGUUCCAGGUCAAAUGAGAGAAAAUAGGACUUCAGGAGGAGCUGUGUACAGGAAGUCAUUAGAUCUGAGCACAGGAGGGAGGAGUAUGUACAGAACAUUGUGUUUUGUUGGAGACUUCAUAAAGCUUGGUGCAUUUUUAAAAUGUUUUAGCUGUUGAACUUGCUUUGUUUCUUGUAUCUUGUAACAGGUGACAAAUGUAAAGAUGUGAAUCUGUAUAUGGUUCUGAACAGAUCAUAUGAUUUGUAAUAAAACUUUUUGUUUUACAAUGUACCCGUAUGCUUAACUUUCAUUUGCCUUGAGUGGUGUUCAACUUGUCUUGCAUAGACAGAAAUAUUUCUAUUCUGUCCUGGAAUUUUUUCUGGGUAUAAAAUGUAGAUUCCUUUUGAAAGGAAGGUUGCAGUGAAUAUUCAUUGUAAUAAACAUCUGUUAUGACAUCAGGCUAUUAGUUUAUCCAGAACAAGAUGGUGAUUCCUAGUACAGUUUUUGGAAAGAAGGUAGAAAUUGCAAACCCAGUAGCAAGUAGAAAGAGUGACUGAAUUGCAGAUAGUUUUGUACAGAGCUUUUUGGGAAGUUCUAUUGAUAUCCCAUAUUGAAACUCUGAAGAGCUACAUUAUGUAAAAUGUAGAUUUUUAUCCCUUGGGCCUAGGUAAUUUUUGUACUUAAUGUAAUUAGAGCAGUUUUUUUAAAUACUUGAUAGCCUAAAAUGCAAGCUGUUUGGCUAACCAUAUGUUACAGAAUUUGAGCAGACCAAAUUACACAACUGGAGUGGAUGGCUUGAGUGCAUAUGGGUACAUUGUAGAAGUGAACAACAUUACUGUGCAAGAAUUUUCAUGUCACUUGUAAAAUGUUUUGUGAAAUCCUUGGGAUUAAAGUUUUGGUUACAAAUUUGUUGUAAGCAUUUAACUUUUGAGUAUCUAACACAUUUCUAUGCAGAACAUUUAAAUCAGGAUGGUUUAGGCACAUCUUAAUUCUAAUCUAAUACUGUUUCAAGGUAAAGGGAGUCAAAUUGCAGCCAUUUAAAUUUUAAUAUUUGGAAUAAUUUGCUAGUUAGCAGUACUACAUUUCAGUUGUAAAAUGCAAGUCCUUGAGAAGCCACUUGCUGCUUAGAAAUAGCUAACUGUGCUCCAUGACUUAAUGAGGCUGGAUCUAUGAUCCUGUGAUGGCUGGGCAGUCUGUCAGGUUUACUCUUAAAUUCAGUGCUUAGUGUUGUGCUUCUCAGUAAUGAAACACUUGUUCAAAAAACACUUCAGUAUAUCUAGGGUGUUGACUUCCCAUAAUUGAGUUGGCAACCUGUUUAAUAACCAGAGAUUCAGAAUUUGUCAACCUAGCUUUAUCAUGUAUGUCCAUGAGACUUAAAAUUGCUUGUCUGUAAACUGAAGUCUUGCAUGGAGGUUUCACCCGGGGUGUAAAAAUAAUUCAUGGCAUGAUUCAAGUGUAAUUAGAGCACCAAACUGCAUAAUGCUCCUUUUCUUUCUAUGUCUGGGGGAAAAAAUGGUACAUCAUUCUUUGAUUUUUGUGCAUUUAGAUUAAAUCCAUCAUACUUCGAACAA